UUUUCACAUAAAUAACACCACAAAAUUACAGUAAUAAUCCAAUUUGUUUGUAUUGCGAGUAUUUUCACUUUCACGUGCAUAUCGAUACAGCUUUCACGUCAUAUCGAUAGUCGCGGUGCAGCCUUGCAAUAACUGAACUCUCCACCAAGUGUAUUUCCCAUAGAGCAGACAGAAGCAAAAAGAAAUCGGCUGCCAAAUAAAAUAAUUUGUGACGCCGCACAAAACGAGCACGUUGUGAAUUAAGUUAGCCAAAAUGAAUGUGCUUCCGGUGCUGUUGCUGUUGCUGAUGCAGCUCACAGCGCAAAAAGUGUUUGCCGAUGGAAAUGCGACUGCUGCAAACGGAAAUUCGACUGUCCCCAAAGUCACAACACCAACAAACACAAACACAACAGUGCUUAGUGCUGUGAAUAACAAGAAUAAUGCAACAACAAUUACAGGUGGUAGCACUAAGCCGGAGGUGGUGAAUGGCGUCGUAGAGCAGCCGCCGCUCAAGUUGCCACAAGUGGCCGACAACGGCAACAACAGCAAGGAUAAUGCAACGGUGGUGUUGACGCGCAAGGUGAGCAAAACGGAUACGGCCACAUCAGCAAAUCCAACAGCAAAUAGUACCAGCACAACAUCAACGACCACAACAACAGCAACACCACUGAAGGUGGCAACAACUGCGAUAACAGGCAAUAAAAACAAGGCAGAUAAACCGCUGGCCGAAGGCGUCUCGCAGAGCGACAUCGCCGGCAGCGGCAGCAGCAGAAACAAGACGACAGCGGCGGCUCCAAGCAGCAACAGCAGCAGUACAACAACAACAACUAGCAGUUCAUCAACAACAACCACAACAACAACGACGACAACCACAACAACAACACCAACUACAACCACAAAGCGACCCUCUAAGCCCACGAUUACCGUCAGUAUGUAUGUGCCUAUUGCCGGCGAAAAGGAUCAACAGCUUUCUUCAGCAGCGGCAGCAGGAGCAGCAACAACAGCAGGAGCAGCAGCAACCAGCGGUGCAGUCGAUGCUUCCAUCAUCAAAUCAGAUCCCAUAACGCAGCCAGUGCAGGAGAUGGUCAGCAGUUUGCCGAAUCGCAGUGAGAACGAAUACAUUGUGCCCAUGGUGACGGUGAUGCUGACAGUGCCCUUGGCCAUUGUGGUCUUCAUCAUUGGCUAUCGACGUUUCCGCGACUUGUGGCAUACGCGUCAUUACAGACGCAUGGAUUUCCUCGUCGAUGGCAUGUACAACGAUUGACGAAGGCGCCUCCAACAGCAGCAACAACAACAGCAGCAGCAGCAAUGCAAUGGUGGGGCAAGUGGAGCAGUUGGUGCCACAGGCGGUGGCGCUGCUCUGCGGCUGCCUUAGCGGAAUAGACGUUGAUAGAAAAGAGCGGCAAUCAAUUGGAAAGAUUAUUAGUUAUUUAAGUUUUUAUUUUUCUUUUUUACUAAAGAUUAUUAUUGUUUUGUAUUUCGCAUAAAAUGCAAAUAGAACGAGUGCGGAGACAGGGAGCGAGCAAGAAAGAGAGAGAGAGAGAUUGCGAGACGCAGCACGUUGGUGUGAACGGUGCAGCGGCAGAGGGCCGAAGCUAAAUAUACACAUUGCUCAGUCAAUUAAAAACAUUGAGAAAAAUACACUAGACGAUGGAUAUUAUGUAUGUGUAAACACACACACUCAACACACACACACACACAUUAGCUUUAAACGCAAGUAAUUGCCACAUUCAGAUAUAUAUAUACAUCGAGAUAUGUAUGUUUGUAUACAUUUAAUUCACCGCGGCCAAAUUGAAUUUUUGAUAAGAUGCAAAUGAAGCGCAAAACACUGAAAAAUUUCAACUGAUUUUGAUGAGAAUAUAUUUCAAGCAUUUCAUUUAAUGGAUUCGAAUUUUAUAAUCAUUUUGUUACGAUUUAUAUACACACAUCAAAACAAAAAAACAAAAAGCAAAAAAAAAAGUACACAUACACAAGGUAUAAAAAAACACCUUGAAAUCGCUGCGACCAAAUUGUAGAAACUAUUCAAACACUCAAAGCGCAAUUAGCAAUCAAUGGAAUCAUGAAAUUACUACUUAUAUACAAUACGACUACUAUAUACACUAUUCUAUAACCAUAAUGUGCCUUACCAUUUCACAGCGCUCAAUAAUAGAGCUGCAACGAACACACAUGAAACAUAAUAUAUAUACAUAUAUAUCUACAUAUAUCCUCAUACAUCAUGUAUCUGUAGUAUCUUUAUCUAUAUUUGUAACUGUAGCACGUAGCUCUCAAAACAAUAUAUCUUGGCCAAGCAUUUGAUCUAUGCCCCAUUAAACAGGAACAUAAAACUCGAGACAAAAAAAAAGAAAGAA